CUCCAGGUUCGCAAAGCUCACAGGAGCCUGGAACGACAACAACUGCAGAGCAAACGCAUGUGCCUGGUGUGGAUUUCACAACAGUACCGGUUUUUCGACACCCAGAGAAGACUGGAACGACAACAGCUACAGGGCCAACACAUGUGCCUAGUGUGGAUGUCACAACAGCACCAGGUUCGCAAAGCCCACAGGAGCCUGGAUCGACAACAGCUGCAGGGCAAACACAUGUGCCUGGUAUGGAUUUCACAACAGCACCAGGUUCACAAAACCCACAGGAGCCUGGAACGACAACAGCUACAGGGCAAACACAUGUGCCUGGUGUGGAUUUCACAACAGCACCAGGUUCGCAAAACCCACAGGAGCCUGGAACGACAACAGCUACAGGGCAAACACAUGUGCCUGGUGUGGACUUCACAACAGCACCAGGUUCGCAAAACCCACAGGAGCCUGGAACGACAACAGCUACAGGGCAAACACAUGUGCCUGGUGUGGAUUUCACAACAGCACCAGGUUCGCAAAACCCACAGGAGCCUGGAACGACAACAGCUACAGGGCAAACACAUGUGCCUGGUGUGGAUUUCACAACAGCACCAGUCCCACCACACCCACAGGACCCCAGGGUGCCUGGAAAAGCGCUCCCCGGUCAAGGAACAGUGCAAGCCACCAUGAUAUCAGGAGUCUUGCCAGACUGGUCCAACAGUAGUGUGACAGCGAAUACGUCUACGGUCACCAACACAACAACAACAGAAAAAGGAGCAACAAAAACAACAGCAACACCCCUUCCGCUAAUUCUCAACAGCGUGGGAAGCGUAUCGUUGUCAGGCAUGACCCUUUGGGUUGGCCUGGGCAGCGGCGCAGUGCUUGUAAUCAUGAUCAUCUUUGGUAUCCUGAUAUACAUGCGAUCAAAGCGUCCUGCAAAAUCUACUAUGGCCGCCGGCGACCAUGCAACUGUAAAUCACAUUGAGACAUGUGCGUCGCAGGGAUACGAACGUUUAGGCUCACAAAGCCCUCGCCAGACACAGCCAGACAAAGGCGCCACCGAACCUCACUACGUCAAAGAUGAUCAAUACGUUCGCUUAGAGGGUGAUACCACCGCAGAAAGUGGCAACAGUCAAAGGCAGCAAGGCAACACCAUUGUGCAGUAUGCACAGCCGAAUCUUUCCUCCCAACAGCCUCCGGAUGUUCCCGCCACACCAUCGCGCCAUGAGAGAAGGUCAACUGCGCGGAAGCUCACGCGACACUCAUCCCGACUGUCCGAUAACUUCACUGACAAGAAACGCGCCAACACCUCCGCCGCACUGACAACGUUCAGCAUGAGCCCGUGCGCCAGCAAUGGCUACGUUCUUGAGGACAGCGUUAGUACGUGCACAGCGCUUGUAGGCAGCGAGCACUCCAUGGACAGUUUGCCCGUUGCUUACGCUAUUCUGCAGCCAGAGAGUGAAUGCACACCUGCAGAUGCUACUGCGGUUACUAGUCAUGUGAUGAACGGGGGAAUCCCCCCUGGACAUAUGGAUAUGCACCAUAGUACGGCUGAUACAUGUGGUAACCGUGACAAUGAGGAGAUCAUCUAUGCCAAAGCUGACCAGUCUAAUCUUACCCGCUCUGUCUCGGUAACAGAUUCUGCUCCGAGCGACGUACUAGCGGCGAUGGAUGCAGAUCGUGGUGGUUACGAGAGGCCCAUGGAUAGCGGUAUUGCAAGCGUCAUUGCCAUCAUGAACGAAAACUGCUACACUGUUGGCAGCUUUUUGGAUGAUCUGAGCACCAACACGCCGAGCCCUGGAACAGCAUCAAGCACUACGGGAAACGAAUACAACGCCUUCUGCGGCGAGUCGCCUUUGAAGAAGCGGGGUCUGUCCAAGAUGGCUACUUGCAUUCGCCGCCCGACAUCGCUUCUCCCCACUCCCGGCAACCUCAAUACAGACAGCAGUUAUAGCGAGAUUAACAUGGAUAACAUGCAGCCGAGAAUGCCGUCCGCCUCUCGACUAGUACCGGGUACACGUCAUCGCAUUAGUACUUUGGGGAGCGAUGGCAACAAGCUUGCCGUGCUGAACAGACCGGGAAGCGAAAACCGGUAUCAAUGCCUUGAACCUAUGCACUAGAGUCUAUGGAAUCGGACGGACCUGGCGUGCCUACGCGGUAUCUCAUCCGUACAUACAUGACAUGCACAUACUAUGAAUACAGCACGGGUGAUAAGGCGCACGGUCUCCUUGAGCAGGGCUUGAGACAACGCUGUCAGUCGUCAUGCGCCAUUAUUCCCCGCCGCACUCCGCAAAGCAACGCUUUGGCUUUUGGUUUUCAUAUGGCCGUUCUAAAGGGGAGGAAUAGUGCUGCUAGCAAUACUAUACUGAGUGUGAGAACGUUAUGUAGAUAGGACAAUUUUAAUUAUGUUUUAUUUAUUUUCCCCCAGCUCCACUAGCAAGGAUCAAAUAUCCAGCCUGUGUUCUAUUUUAUCAACUGCUAUUGCAUGGUCUUCCGCUACACAACGAAGCUGCGCUUCUUCUUUCAAUUGCCUCCUUUCAGCAAUGGACCUUCACAAGUAAUUCCAAUUUGCACGGAGCACUGACCCAUGCCAUUUCUGGCCAAAGUACUUUUCAAGUAUAAACACACCCUGAACUCCCAUGCAUUACGAAAAUGCACUCUAUUCCAGCUGCUGCCCCGGCUGGCCCUCACUCUACUUCUCCAGUAUAUAGCACCUACUCAAAGCACCAACCCUA